AUGACUUUAAUGAAUACAAAGAAAAAGGUGAGGAGGAGAAGGACGACGAAGAAGGAUGAUGAUAAAGGAGUGCAAUAAAGUGAAUCUGAAAUUUGUGACAUGGAGGAAUCGGCUUUAAUGUCAAAUGCAGGUGAUGAGAGUGAGGAAGACCUUGAAUUGAACAUAGAUGAAGGUGAAGAUAUUAAUUUUACCUACGGAUGGCCUCCGCUCGUUUGUUGCUUCGGGGCUGCACAGCUUGCUUUUGUUCCUUCUGGAAGACCAGCCAACAGACUUGUGGAUUACGAAAUUAAUGAGAGAAUGAAAGGAGCUCGAUGGGCACCAGAAAAAAUCGUUAGGGCACCCGGGAGUUGCGCUGGCAAUGUUGCUCUUGCUCUUGCUAGGCUGGGUGGUAAAGUUGCCUUCAUGGGGAAGCUCGGCGAUGAUGACUAUGGUCAGGCCAUGCUAUGCUACUUAAACGUGAACAAUGUUCAAACACGAUCGGUUCAAAUUGAUAAAAAAAGACCAACAGCUAUGUCGCAGAUGAAAAUUAGCAAGAGAGGUCGCUUGAGAAUGACUAAUCUUAAAUCAUGUGCUGAGGAUUCUCUUUCCAAGUCCGAGAUCAAUAUCGACGUGCUGAAAGAGGCGAAAAUGUUCUACUUCAGCACACAUUCUCUGCUCGAUCGUAACAUGAGAUCAACUUCGUUGAGAGCUAUCAAGAUUUCCAAGAAACUAGGAGGCAUUAUUUUCUACGAUGUAAACCUUCCACUGCCACUUUGGCAGUCCGAUGAAGAGACCAAGAUGUUCAUACAAGAAGCAUGGAACCUUGCUAAUGUUAUCGAGGUCACUAAGCAAGAACUGGAGUUCUUGUGUGGAAUAAAGCCUACGGAAGAAUUUGACACCAAGAACAACGUGAGCUCGAAAUUUGUCCAUUAUGAUCCUGACGUGGUUGCACCAAUUUGGCAUGAGAACCUCAAGGCUUUGUUUGUACCAAAUGGGACUUCCAAGAUACACUAUUACACUAAGGAGCAAAAUGGCGCAGUGCAUGGGAUGGAGAUGGCAUCGCUGCAGGUACAGACCUGUGGCCGAUCUUUUUUUUUGGGGGAACAUAUUUUCAGAAUCCUGAGAAUGUUAACGGUUCAACCAGAUCUGAUUACAGAUAAAGGAUACUUGGAACACACUCUCAAGUAUGCAAUUGACUGUGGGGUCAUAGACCAAUGGAUAGUUUCGCGCACCUGGGGCUUCCAACCAAGGGAAGGUAUUGAAGAAGAAGAGGAAGAAACAGAAGACAGAGUCCCUGAUCCAAAUGGCAUAAGAUCGAUAACGGAAAGGGAAUACCUUACGUUAGUGGACACCGCAGAUAUAUCGGAACAUGGAAAUAUAUUGGAAUUGGUAAGAAUAUCUUAGAUGUAAUCCUGAUUCGUAUAGUUCAUUUCAUUUUAUGCCUUGGACAAGAAGCUUCUACCCACUGUGAAGUAAACUAGUGUUUUGGUCCCCAUUUAAAUGUAUCUUGUCAACUUAGAAACCAAAUUUUGAAUGAA